AUGUCGUCAAGAAAAAUAAAUAAAUUACUAUUAUUAUCACCAGCUAAGGCAUUGGGCACUAAUACCGCUAUUUCUACCACCAGUACCACGUUUAUCAGAGGUAAAAGAACUUCUAGCAAAAAGAAAACAUCUACAUUAUCUCCAGCUGCCCAAAGAGCAGUUACUCAAUUAUCUGUACUAAGUGCCUCUAGAAAACAACCCAAACUAUUAAAAUUAUGCAACGAAGAUUUAAUUAAGCAUCAAACUAUCCAAACGUGUUGGAGUGAAUACCAAAAAUCUCUACGUGAAGAAAGAGCUAAUAGGCUAGAAUUGCAAUAUGAAGCCAUGAACGAAGCUAUGGAAUUAUUACAAGAGAUAGAUCCAGAGCUUUAUGCAUUAGCUAAUGAGGGUGAUGAAUCUAACGCUAGCAAAAAGAAAAGAUUUCCACUAGAAAUUAGAGUUCCAACCGAUUAUCCGCCAUCCAAUAUUUGGUAUUAUGAUUAUAAACCGGAAGUAUCUAAUGAUAAGAAAUAG